AUGGCCUUUCGCCAGCACCACCGCCCGCAGCAGUCGCGCCAGCUAUCCUACCAUGAGCCUGAACAGCCAGCUCCUCUCGAGACCGCCCCCUCUCCGCAGCGCAAGCGGCCCCUAGAGGACUCGGAGGAAUGGGUCCUUUUCUCCCCCACCGCCCCUUCGACUACCGCGCGUACACAAACUACUUCGACCGAACGAACACCUCGCACCCUUGGCCUGUCCCGCUUCAGUGACUUUGGCUCUCUCGACACUGCGGCUCGCUCCGACCAAGAUGACGACAACUUCACAUGCCAGGGCACCGACUUGGAGGAGGAGGGCGAAUUAGAUAGUCUGGAUGAUGGGUUACACGCCUUUCAUGAGCCGUCGGAAUAUAGCGCCCCGUCGAGGAGGUUGAUACAAAGCGGAGAGACGGUGUUGCCCACUCACGAUGGCCUCGGUACAUUCCAGGCAGAUGGGUCUACUAUCCAGGAGCAGUUAUGGCAAUUUGAGCGAUCGAGUCCACGGAGGCGGGCACAUCAGCGGCGGAGAUCGAGUGUUCAGAGGAGGCUGGACGCGUUAGAGGAGACCGAGGAGCUCGAUCAUGAAGAUAACCGGAGACUGAGGAUCGAGAAAUGGAGGUUAGAACAAAGUAAGGCUCUAUUGGAAGAAAUCGAGAGGGAGACACGUCGGCGGAGGAGGAUGAGCUUGGUGAGUGCCGCUAGGAGGGCACAGCAAGAAGUUCAGCAUUCGUCCGAAGACAACACGGAAAAUCUCUCUUUCCUGCAACGUUUUACGAGGCGAAUCAUCCACGAUCUGAUGGGCAUCGACGAAAACAUUCUCUCUGUCAUUUUUGGGGAAUCCUUGCCCCUGGAGGCCACCCCUGAAUCAGCUUCUAUUCCAGACACUAAGAGUGUCACGGAGACUGUGCUUGCGGAUAUCCAAGAUACUCCAUUCUCUGGGGACCCAUGGGAACAUCGGCUCCUAGAGCGAAUAGCCCGCGAGCUCGGCGUCCUCGUCCACCAGCUCUCAGAGCAUCCAGGCGCAUUCAGCACCUACCUCCGCACCCAAGAAACCCCCUCAUACGCCGGCCUCUCCCUCCCACCUCUUCAAACCGCAAACCUUGAAAACUCUCCACUCACAACAACUCAAUCCUCCAUACCCUCACCCACAGCCGCCAUCUUCGCCCCCACUCUCCAAAAGCAAACCACCUACAGCGACGCCUCCCUCUGGGGAAUCGAAGAGGAAGAAGAGACCGACCUCCUCGAGUCCUUCCGCCAACACCAACGCCCCACUUCUACCACCGCCGAAGACCUCGUCCGCACCCAGCAGGACCGCGAGUACUGGGAGCGCGAGCUGGAUGUCAAAAUGGUCUUCAACUACCUCACCACCCGCUUUUCUUCCCGCCCCUCCAUUCCCACCCGCCGCGCCCCUUUAGGCCCACGCAGUAGCUCCGCCCCAGCAGACCCGGCGGGCAUGGCGUCCGAACUCGUCUCCGCGCGUCGGGCUGCCUUGAUCCGCCAGCACCACCCCCUCGUCUCUCGGGCUGCCGCGUCCCAGCAGUCGGGGAACAGGCGAAGGGAUCUGCUACACCGGCAUCACUACCUCCAUAGCCAUACGCCGGCGGCGCCGAGUCUGGCGCUGCGCAACCCGGUGCUGCGGAGUGCGAGCGGGAAUCAGCGGACUGGGAGCAGUUGCGCGAGCCAGAGCACGAAGAAGAGCAAACGGAGUGGCGGGAGUGGACGGAACCGGAAUUUCUGGGAUAUGAGCGGGAGCGUGGGGAGUGGGAGUGUGGUGUAUGGCGAGGCGUGA